AUGGAGGCGGAGAAGGAGUACCUCGAUAUAUCGGACUUGCUCCGCCGGAAUGUGGAAGACCUGAACGAUGAAGACGAAAUCAGAGUGUCCGACUUCUCCUAUGGGAAGUACGUUUGCUCCCUCGAGAUGGGAGACAACAAAUUGGACGUAGGGAUCAAGCCAGAAAAAAGAAUUACAAUAAAAGAAUGUGAAGAUAAGGGAUACCUAUCAGAAGGUAUCAGUUUAGAAGACAUGGUUCUAAUUAUGGACAAUCUUCUCCUCCAGCAAGUAAAGGUCCUAUUGGGGAAUCACCCCUUUUUAACUGUCCUAAGUUGCUACUUCGUUCACCACUCAAGUGUUAUUAAUUGUAAUGGCGAUUCCUUCUUCUUCGAAAAAAUCUUCUACAAAUGUAUAAAAUCCCUUUCUGCGGAUAGCAUAUAUAUGAACAUCUUCCAGAAUGACAAUCGGGAGUUCCUUCAGCUUAUGCAGAGGGGGGUAGGAGAGCAGGUCGUGGCACAGGGCAAGAGUGCAAGUGGGGCAAAGGAUGAGCACCCCCCCACGGAAGGAUAUUCCAAGGAGAUGGGGCCAACCCAGAAGGACAACCCCCCAAACAAAUCGGACGCGCACCGCUCCAUGUGCGAAGAAGGCUACCUCAGAUAUAACCCGUUUACUUUCUUCCAGCUGUUCUUAAUCCUCUACGCAUCAACAGCCGAAAUUAUAGACCACGUCGUGACAAAGAAUAGCUGGCUGCACAGGGAUGACUACAAGGGUGGAUUGCUAAAAAUAACGGACUCGUUAAUUUACCACUGCAGGCGGAGGAGGCGGUACGUGAUGAAGAACCUCUUUCUCGUGAAAAGGUGCUUCCCCAAGUUCUUGGCGCAGUACGAGUCGGCGCGGAGGAAGCGAGGUACGAAGGGAAGUGCGCAUAAAGGUGGAGUGAAAGAGGGAGGCAAAAAUGAAGGCAAAAAUGAAGGCAAGAAUGGAGACAAAGAUGGACGCAAAGAUGUAGGCCAAAGUGGGUGUCACGAGAGAGACAAAGGGGAAUCCCACUUAGCAGACCCACCUCCGGGCCACGUCCUGCCCCUCCUUCGAAGAAUCCAGUUUUGCAUUCACCUAAACACGAUGCUAAAUCAGGUCAUCUUCGAAUCCAGGGAGAUGAACACAGACUCUAUUAAAGAAAAUUGUAAGGAGCUCCUAAAAUGCAUACGUACGAUCAACGAAGAAGUAGGUUCCAAAUGUCAGCAACAAGACAAACAGAUCCGAAAGAAAUAUUUUAAUAAAUAUUUUUUAAUGUAUAAACUGAAUAGUGUGUCAAAGCACGUGACCAAAAUGAGUGUGCAUGAGGGUUACUCCUUUUUUGAGAAGGUCACUCUGGAUAUAGACUACAUUGUGGAAUAUUUCCAGCGCAUAAACGCCAAGUCAAGCUUCUUCGACGUUAAGAAUCUAGUGCACUAUGUAAAAUUUUACUCCGCCAGUGGCAACGUUUUGGUGAAGUGCAUUUCGAGGGGGUACAUCCAACAAGUGCUGAAUAACGCAAGGGGGGACUUCCUUCCCUUUGAGAGGGACCUACUACUUAAGGAAGAGAUAAAGGCUAAGCGUUUUUUUCACAGUUUGGAAGGGGCACCCCCAGAUGGAAAAGUGGAACGUCCCGAAAAGGAGGCAACACGGCAACAGCUGCAAGAAGUGGAAAAGAUGCAACAAAUACCAAAAGAGGACCCCCUUGAAAAGCGAGAAGACGACCAAGCGGAGUCUAUAACGUUGGAUCCGGCCCCCCCAGGUGCACUUAUCGCCGAACAGAACCAUCAAUGGGACGAUUACGAUGAGAACCGAGAUGUAGGUCAUUACUACUCCCUCUUUCUAAACACGUACAGAAAGGAAGAGACGGAUGAUGUUCCCUCCACAAGACGCCUAAAUGAGAAGUUCUCCCAAAAUGUGAAGCAAAAUAUAUUUGUCAGUUUCUUCCUCCACUUAUUUUUCAACGAAUCGUAUGUAAUACUAGAAGAGGUGUCCAAAGAGGAUCCGAAUUUUUUUGUCAAAUCUGUAAUUUUUAAUGAUCUGUGUUACUUUGGCUUCUCCCCCCCUCUGCUAGUGUUACUGUCAUACUUUUUCUACUCCCCUGAUACGUUUUUUUUUGCUAUGGAGCAUGUGUACCAAGUGGACAAAGGGUUGACUUAUACAAAUGAGGAGGAAUAUAAAACAUUUUGCGGGAUGUUUUUCCCUCCCUGUGCUGUUAAAAAACUGGAGCGAGAUUUGCGCUUGCAUUUCCCUUAUCUGAUAAAUUAUAUGCAAAAGGAGAGCUCCCUUCUAGAGUUGUUCACGGAGUUGGAGGAAUUUAUCGACGAGUGUGCAGGGGUAGGAAGCGCGCCGUGGGGAGUGGACCAAUGCAAGUCCGAAGAGGAACGUGGAAGUAACUGCGUUUCGGAAUGUGGGGGCGCCUACCAGGGGAGCAGCACCGUGGGGGAAAACCAACCCAAGGGGGAAUGCGCCGAACAGGACAAACGCGCCAAACGCGGUAAUGGCACCCGCACCGACGGACGCAUCCACGAACGCACCACCAGCCCAGCGAUCAUAACCAGCAAGCGCUUCAAAUUGACAGUCCUGUGCAAGAUAUUUCACCUGUUCAUGCAGUAUCUCGAGAUAGUUUUAAAAAAAGUCCUAAACUUUUCCUUUUUGCUGGCCCCUAGGGAGCACUCCAAACUGACCGGAUUUCACACGGACAUGUGCGUAUUGUACACCCUCAUGAAAAUUCUGGCGUACUAUUUCAAAUUGUACAAUAUGAACAGCGAAAUGGACAGCGUGGAAAAUUAUCUUCACUGCAUUUUCCACACUGUGUUAAUUGAUUACAGCUGUUUAAGCCUUUAUAUAAACAUACCAUCCGACCAGGAAUAUGCCUUUACCUAUUACGUCAUGUCAUUAUCCUAUAAAGAAUUGGCGGGCACAGUGCAAAAAGGAUUCAAAUUAAAUUGUGCUGAAAAUAGGAGCAAAUUAAUUUAUUCCUUAAUUUAUUACAUUCUGUAUCUUUACUCAGAUUUUCUGAUGAUUUAUUUUGUUUAUUUUUCCUACACCAAUGUGGAUUCGGAACCCGUCGAGGAGGACUCGUACAACAUGAAAUACAAAGCGUGGAAUUUCUGUUACCCAGAUAUUUCAAAAAUUAAUUUUUACAAUUUCCAGAAAAAUAAAGCUGCUCUUAUUAACGCCGUCCUCACGAAGAAUUUAAAAAUCACCCUUUUACAAAAUGACGAAAUCAACAUAGGGGUGAAAAAAAAAAUUAAAAAUUUAGCCCAAGUGAAAGAGAGCUACCGCAAUUCGAAGAAACGGAUUGACCAAUACUCAAGCUUGUUAGAUAUUAAAAAUUACUUCAGUCAUAAUUUUCGCUUUUUCGAGAAAACCUCCUCCGACGUGGACAUUUGUUCCUAUUUCAAAGGGUGUGUAAGCGAGAUUCAGAAACUUAUAAAAGAUGCCUCAAGCUGCAAAUACGACAACAUUGGCUUCGUUCGCAUUUUCCUAAAUUCGUACGAACAAAAUUUGAUAAAGUCUUAUAAGAAAUUUCCCCCCUUCUGCGUUGAAAAUUCUUCCAUCUUUUUGAACCCGUAUUGUGAGGUGGUUAAUGGGCACUCCUAUUUUUUAAGUGUGCAGGAAAGGAAGAAGAAAAAAACAUAA